CCUCUUUGACACAGUCACGUGAGGCGUGCUCGCAGGGCCUGCCGGGAAUAGUACUGCCGGCGGGUCAGGGUUCGGCCCAACAUGGCGGUUCCUGUCGGACAGUGACCAAGGCUUUGCCGAAGGGAGGACUGAACGGCGGUGGUCGGCGUCCCCACCUGCCAGGGUGGGAUGCAAAGCCUCGGAGAGCGCUGAGCGGAGGCAGGGACGGGCUCAGGCCCCGAAGGUCGAAGCAGCGGCGGCUACUCGCAGUCGGCUGCAGGCUCCGGAGUGGGGCCGCGCCCGGCCGGGCAGGCGGCGGCGGCUGCGGCAAGCUCGGCUCCGAGGCGGGGCGGAGGCCGGGCGCCCGGCCGCGAUCAUGGCCCAGUGCGUGCAGUCGGUGCAGGAGCUCAUCCCCGACUCCUUCGUUCCCUGCGUCGCCGCGCUGUGCAGUGACGAAGCCGAGCGGCUCACUCGCCUCAACCACCUCAGCUUUGCCGAGCUGCUCAAGCCCUUCUCUCGCCUCACUUCCGAAGUUCACAUGAGAGAUCCUAAUAAUCAACUGCAUAUAAUUAAAAAUUUGAAGAUAGCAGUAAGCAACAUUGUCACCCAGCCACCUCAGCCGGGAGCCAUUGGGAAGCUUUUGAAUGAUGUUGUUUCUGGCAGCCAGCCUGCAGAAGGAUUAGUCGCUAAUGUGAUUACAGCAGGAGAUUAUGACCUUAAUAUCAGUGGUAAGUAAUAAGUGUUACUAUUUUUUAAGUGAAAAUUUCUUUUGUUAGGAGAAUAAAUCUCUUUGUCUUAGAAACUUUUCAACCAUGUACUUCAGUGUUUACACAGUGUUAGAGCUGGGCCUACAGAGCAGUUCUGAAAGGCUCUCCCAGGAACUUCUGUUUUAUUCUAGCACCCAUGUAAGUAGCCUAGGGUAAUCAAUGUUCCAUGAUAAAACUAAUACCAGAUCACAGGAGUAUGAUUUUUUGUAUGACUUGAUUAUUAAAUGAAAAACAUGAUAAACUUUUAAUCUUGCUUGGAAUUAAGUGGAAAUGUUUAUAAAAUAUAUGUAAAUACAUAGUUUAGAUAUCUUACACUGGUUUAGA